AUGGCGUCCGAUCAGGGGGAAGGCAGGAAGUCGAGACCUGGAGCCGCUGAUGCCGCGGGGGGGCAGACUCGCAAGGAGCAGCUGGGGCACGAGGGGUACAGCGAGACGGGGAAGAAGGGCGGUCUGAGCACCACGGAGAAGUCCGGCGGCGAGCGCGCCGCCAGGGAGGGUGUCGACAUCGACGAGUCCAAGUUUAGGACCAACAAGCAGUCCUAG